AUGGCAAAUGCUUGGAUUGAAAGUUUUCCUCGCACGGCCGCUCGGGUCUUGGACGAGAUGGACAGCACCCUUGGGUUCAAAUUGUCUCGCGUCAUAUCCGAUGGACCCAACUCCAAGUUGAACAAGACUGAAAACUCGCAACCCGCAGUAAUGGCAGUCUCCAUUUUGAUUCUUCGCAUUCUUGAAGACGAAUUCGGAUUUGACGCUAAAUCUCGGGUGGAUGUCACGCUUGGACACAGCUUAGGAGAGUUCUCUGCACUGGUUGCCGGUGGGUAUCUUGAAUUCGGCGAUGCCCUCAAAUUAGUCCGAGGUCGAGCGGAGAUCAUGGCCCAAUGUACACGAAACUUGGCCGAGAAAUCCGGGGAAACCUAUGGAAUGGUCGCACUUCUCUGUGAACCCGAACAUUUGGACAGUUUACUUCGGACGGUUCAAGAAUUCCUAGGACUUGAGCCCGCAGGCGUCGAAAGUGACACAUACCACCCAGUUCCAGCAAUUCAGCAGGUGGUGGUUGCCAAUAUCAAUUCAAAAAACCAAAUUGUCUUGAGCGGUAGCCUGGACCGAAUCAAGACUCUCUUAGUCCAGCUGCGUCAAUUUGGAGGUCAUGAUCCACGGGCUGUCAAAUUGAAAAGUGACAGCCCCUUUCAUAGUCCUUCCAUGGCGCUAGCUGCGGAUUACAUGAGAAAUGCACUGGAACAAAUUAACAUCACCUUCCCAGCUUCAGUGCCUUGCAUAUCAAAUGUUUCUGCCUUGCCUUUUCAUUCCAAGGAUGACCUCAAGAAUCUCCUCUCUCGGCAAUGCACCGAUACUGUGAGAUGGUGGGACAGCAUACGCUAUCUUCACCAGGAGCGAGGUGUGAGGCGUUGGAUUGGAAUCGGACCAGGAAAGGUCGGCAGAAAUUUGGUCGGCAAAGAGGUCGGGAGAGUUGACACCAAAGGUGGUGGAGUGUGGGCUGUCUGUGAUCCUCGUGAAAUAUCAAACAUCAUGAUCUCCUUGGAGCAGACCGAAAUCGAACCCAUGAGCCACCAACGAUUGAAAUGA